UCGGUUCCCUGACAUCAUAGCGCCACAUCGCAAUGGCUCUCAAAGUUGGAUAUGCUGGGGCUGCAAAAUAGUAAAGACCACCCAUCGCAAACAUGCCUCCCAAGCAAGCACCCAAGACAGGCCCAAAGGCAGUCUCCAAGCCAAGCGGACUCCCCAAAGCGAACAUCAAGCCGCUCCCCAAAGCCGCGCCGAAGACGCCGCAGCAGGCGCUCAAGAAAGCUGGAGCUGGGCCACCGGCGAAGAAGCCGCUGCCCAAGGCCAACCCGCAGGGUCAAACGAAGAAGGCUUUGCCAAAAGCCAAUCCGCAGGUUGCAAAGAAGCAGCCGCCUCAACAGCAGAGUUGGCUCGGGAAGAUAGGAAGCCAGGCUGCGUCCGGCAUCGGUAACUUCACAGGAGCUAUUGUGUCCGCAGCCGGCAAUGGCGUGGCAGGCGCAGGUAGGGGCGCGGGCUCGAGUGUCGCAAAUGCGUCCCGCACCUGGGGCGAUGCCAUUCGCGAGUACGGCAACUCGAUCAAGGACGUCACAGGCGCCUCAGGACCGCGCGCCAGCUCAGCGAAGAACCCGCUCGGGCUGUCGAGCACGCCAGAGGGCGCAAAGUCCAUCAUGGGCUCGCGGCCCGCCAUCACAGGCGUGUCAAAAGGCUCAGGAAGCAAUCCUCUUGGGCUAUGAGACGAGCAAUGUUGUUUUGUCAUGUUAUGAGGUAUGAAUAAAGCGGAUUGGUAUCUAUUAUACAGUACAGGAGUAAGGUUGGGUAUCUUCAGAAAUCUUGUACAAGUAGUCUAUGUCCGAUUUGAAAAACAAUGAAACGUCCCGGACUCAUGAUGGAGAUUC